AUUUUCAGUUAUCCAAGUUUCGGCUUCUCCGAGACGGCGGAAGGCAGUGAAAUCGGGAAGACGAGAGCAGCUCUGGUUUGGGCAAGGCUCGCAGUCAGAGUGAAUGGAGAACGUAAACGAGAGUACAAGUGUUCGAGUUCUAUGCCCUAAGCUUGUCCUCUGCAAGAACGAAGCGGGCCUCCAAUGGCUGAUCGGAUCCCCAUUUUUCCCGCCACUCACAGUCGUCUCCACCGUCAGAUGCAUCCACACCGAUUCCUCCUCUCCAGACUACCGCAGAGAAUCAGAAGAGGUUCGGACGUUACUGUUGAAAGGAUUUGAGGUGAUCGGGGCACUAAUCGUUGCGAAUUCCGGUGAUGGAAAGAGCGCCGCUGGCGAGGCAAUUGCGGCGGCUCGAAGGUUGCGAAAGCUUCUCUCCGGAGAAGGAGGAAAACUGGACAGUCAACAGGUAAUUGGAGCUGUUGCGGAUUUUAGUGGCGGCGACAUUCAGUUUUUCGUGUCUAAAUCCGCGAGCUUGACCAGCUUUGAAGCUGUGAAUGUAUUGUAUGAAGAUCAUCCUGAAAAGUAUGUUUGGGAGAGGGGUUGUCUGCUCCGGUGUGAGCUUCCAUUUAAGCUCCCAAUCUACUAUCCGGUAAACAUGCCAAAUGAUUCAGAAAAGAUGUUUCGACGUGCAACUGAAGCAGUUAUUGCAAAAUUCAAAGAUCCAAGGGCUGCGUACAUGGUAGAAGCAUUAAGCAAAACAUCUGCUGAAGUACCUCAACCUGUCAUCCUCCGCGGUGUAGAUUUGGAUUUUGACACAGAUCUCUCAAAUGUCAAAAUUUUUGGAGAAAGUGCUCAAGAGUCCGAUGCUGAUCUUUUGUCAUGUUCCCACUUCUGUUUGGAUGGUAAAAAAGGUGCACCGGUAUAUUCUGCUGAGCAUGCAGAUAGAAUCCAAGUAAGUGUUCUGCUGAAUAGUUCAGAUAAGUCUGAAAAAUCGACAGCCCCCGUUGCUCAAUAUUUUCCAGCUGUGGAAGAAGCCAGAAUUUUGGUGGUAGAUUUUAAGCUAGAAGUGCUUUGCUAUGCGGUCAAGGGUCUCCCGCUGAGGCAUGCAGUUUCGAAGUUAAUGAUCCCGGGGUUGAUUGAUCAGUUUAAUUUAGUGAAAAAUACAGUCCUACCCAACCUCUUAGCCAAACAUCCUCAGCUACAUCCGUAUCACUUCAGUCCUCCCGGUGUUCUGCAUCCAAUCACUGUUAUCUAUGAACUCAACUACGGGGAAACAGAAAUGAAGCAAGUUGAAGUUAGAAAAUCUUUACACCUAAGACUGGGUUUACCUUUUGAUCGUCCUCUUCUAAGAAUUGCCAACGCUCUGGAUUUCUCUACAUUGAGGGAUGGUGUAAGGAGUGACGAAACACGGAAAGGUUCUACUUUGCUUAAAGAUGUACAUAUCGGGAUUCCAAGCAGCGGGGUUUCUGGGGGCAGUGUGUCUUUGUUGCAAGGCUCUUAUGAAUACCAUCAUUAUCUACAAGAUGCCUUCAAUGACUCGGGUUGGGGUUGUGCUUAUCGCUCUCUACAGACGAUUAUUUCAUGGUUCCGACUCCAACACUAUACAUCCGUAGAAGUUCCAUCGCAUAGGGAAAUACAGCAGUCACUUGUAGAGAUUGGUGAUAAAGAUCCCUCUUUCAUUGGGUCGCGGGAAUGGAUUGGUGCCAUCGAGUUGAGCUUUGUUCUGGACAAGCUUUUGGGUGUUAGUUGCAAAGUUAUGAAUGUCAGAUCUGGAGCUGAGCUUCCCGAAAAAUGUCGAGAGCUGGCCUUGCACUUUGAGACUCAAGGAACGCCUAUUAUGAUCGGUGGUGGAGUUCUUGCAUAUACCCUCUUGGGAGUUGAUUACAAUGAAGCAAGCGGAGAUUGCGCGUUUCUAAUUCUCGAUCCCCACUACACAGGCAGUGACGAACACAAGAAAAUUGUGAGUGGCGGAUGGUGCGGGUGGAAAAAGGCUGUCGAUAGCAAGGGAAAGAGUUUCUUUCUGCACGAUAAGUUCUAUAAUCUUUUGCUUCCACAGAGGCCUAACAUGGUUUGAUCUAUCACUAUCAUCAUCAAAUCUAUACACCCUGUUAUGAAAUGUAGCAUUAAAUUCAGCAGCAACAGUGCAUUUCAAUCGGCCGAUAUAAUUUUAGAAUUCUUUAACUCUUCUAAAUUUGGCCUGAAGUUUCAGAUGUUAAUGAGUAAUAAAGGGAGGCGAUUAAAUUUUA